GCGUGACUCAACCUGGAGCGCGAGCACUCUUACCUCUCGCGGACUUUGGGUGGAUUUGUGGUGAAGCUUUUGGCGGGACUGAAACGAAACGAAAGAAAGGAGAGAAGAGUGAAGUUUAACAGAUAGAGCGGAGCAGCAGAGCUCAGAGGUUCCCAGUGAUCCACAACAUCAGACUCAGAUGGACUCCACAUUUAAGGAAACACAGAUGACGGCACUUAAAGAACAUCUGUUUGAUACUCUGAAGGAUUUGGUUGAUGAUGACUUUAAAGAGUUCAAGUGGUUCUUGAACAGUGAAAAACCACCCAUCCCAGUAAGUCGACUGGAGAACGCAAAGCGAACAGACACAGUGAAUCUGAUGAUCCAGACCUACUACACAGAUACUCCAAGAGUCACUGUAAGGGUUCUGAGGAAGAUGAAGAAGACUGAUCUGGUGAAGAAACUUUCAAAAAACAUCCCAAUAUCUGAAGUACCAGGUCCAUCCACAUCAAAGACAUACUUGUCUGAGGACUGUAAAGUGGAGUGGGUGGGAGAUGAUCACAUGACUCCUGAUGAUCCCGAGGAGCGGCUGCGUGUUUGCACCAAGGCACAAGCUGGACCAUCUCAUUUGGAGGGUGGGUUCAGCUUUGAACCUGAAGUAUCAACCGAGUGUCCAGACCUGUCAUACAGAGCGGAGCAGCAGAGCUCAGAGGUUCCCAGUGAUCCACAACAUCAGACUCAGAUGGACUCCACAUUUAAGGAAACACAGAUGGCAGAACUUAAAGAACAUCUGUUUGAUAUUCUGAAGGAUUUGGUCGAUGAUGACUUUAAAGAGUUCAAGUGGUUCUUGAACAGUGAAAAACCACCCAUCCCAAUAAGUCAACUGGAGAACGCAAAGCGAACAGACACAGUGAAUCUGAUGAUCCAGACCUACUACACAGAUACUCCAAGAGUCACUGUAACAAUUCUGGAGAAGAUGAAGAAGACUGAUCUGGUGAAGAAACUUUCAAAAAACAUCCCAAUAUCUGAAGAUAAUGUCUCAAAGUCAAGGAACCGACUGAGGACUCCAUUGCAGAAUGUCUCACCAAAGAGGAAACUAAAAUUAGUUCGGAGAAAAUUUGUGAAAUGUGUUUCCUCAUCUGUUCUUUCUCAGCUUCUGGACAGUCUCUUGGAACAUGAGGUUAUAAAUGAUGAAGAAAUGGAGGCUGUUCAAACAAAAUCCCGAGCUGACGGCGCUCGGGAUUUGAUUGACAAGACGCUAAAAAAAGGACCAGAGGCCUGUUCACAUCUGAUCAGUGCUCUCCUUAAGGCAGAUGUGUACCUUUCCAGAAGGUUGAAGUUGAGCUGAUUCUUAGGGUGUUUUCACAUCUGUAUGUUUAAACCAAGAUAUAUUUUCUCAAAGAUGAUGUUUGACCACUGUCCUACCGGGUUUUAAUAAGAGCUUUUAAUCCAAGUUUAGUACUUUCACCAGGGACGUAGAAUUGGGUAGGGACACGUCCCUACCAAUAUCCAGCCACUACUGUGUAGUCACUAUCAGUUCAAUAAAAGACACCAUUUAAUGCCAAACAGAUACUUUUUAAAAGUU